AUGCUGAGGGUCGGGCUGUCGACUUUGAGAGACGCCGCACCGGCAAGGGCAAGGGGAGCAAGGGCGUUGGAGGAGCUGACGGGGGUGGUGGAGGUGGCGGUGGAGGUGGCGGAGGGGGUGGGGGUGGCGGUGGAAGUGGUGGUGGGGCUGGGGGCGUCGGUGGCGGCGGUGAAGGCGGAGGCGGCGGCGGCGGUGGCAGUGGGUGCGGAGGAGGCGGCGAUGGCGGCGAUGGUGGAGGUGGCGGCAGCAGCGGUGGAGGAGGUGUGUCCCAGAGCUGCUGGGCCUGGGGGUGCUCCUUGUGCUGGAGCUGCUGGCGGUGCUGGAGCUGGUGGUGCUGCUGGAGUAGGUGCUGUUGGAGGUGCUGGAGCUGGAGCUACUGCGUCGUCUGGUGGUCCGGUUGGAGCUGGAGCUGCUGGGGGUGUUGGCGCUGGAGGUGCUGCUGGUGCUAGUGCUUUUGAGGGUGCUAGUAGUCCUCACUUCCUGCUCUACCUGACCUAG